AAAGUUCUUAGCCCUUGUCGGGAUUAUUAGUCGGCUCUCAACGAGGUUUUGUUCUACUUGCGAUUCUCUCCGGCCACAAAGAGGUUUCAACGGACCAAACUUGCCGCCGGCGUAGCAGAAGCAACCGACGCAUCCCUUUUAUCGCCGGCGCUUGACUUGUUUGAAGAGCUCGGAUUUACAUUAAAAAAAAUGCUUGCUGUGCCAAACCAAGGAGACAAUGCUCUGGCUUUUCCUAGACCUAGGCCAGGGUCUGAGCUGGCUCUCCAUGCACCAUUUCCUGCUGGAAAGCAUCGCACCUCUAGCCUGGAAUCACCCAUCAUGCUCUUAACUGGCCAUCAGAGCGCCAUUUACACGAUGAAGUUUAACCCAGCUGGGACUGUUGUCGCCUCAGGUUCCCAUGACAAGGACAUCUUUCUAUGGUUUGUACAUGGCGACUGCAAGAACUUCAUGGUCCUCCAUGGCCACAAAAAUGCUGUGCUUGAUCUCCAGUGGACUUCUGAUGGGUCUCAGAUAAUCUCUGCAAGCCCCGACAAGACUCUUCGAGCUUGGGACGUCGAGACUGGAAAGCAGGUUAAGAAGAUGGCAGAACACUCCUCGUUUGUUAACUCGUGCUGUCCGUCCCGUCGGGGACCUCCGCUGGUUGUCAGCGGUUCAGAUGAUGGCACAGCCAAACUGUGGGAUCUCCGGCAGCGCGGCGCCGUGCAGACAUUUCCAGACAAGUACCAGAUCACUGCAGUUAGCUUUUCUGAUGCAUCUGACAAGAUCUUCUCCGGUGGGCUGGACAAUGAUGUGAAGGUGUGGGAUCUGCGGAGAAAUGAAGUUACCAUGACUCUCCAGGGGCAUGGUGACAUGAUCACUGGAAUGCAGCUGAGCCCAGAUGGUUCAUACCUCCUAACCAAUGGAAUGGAUUGCACUCUGAGGAUAUGGGACAUGAGACCAUAUGCACCACAGAACCGUUGUGUGAAGAUAUUUUCUGGACACCAGCACAACUUUGAGAAGAAUCUCCUCAAGUGUGCGUGGUCGCCGGACGGGAGCAGGGUCUCGGCCGGGAGCUCUGAUAGGAUGGUUUACAUCUGGGACACCACAUCAAGGAGGAUCCUGUACAAGCUCCCGGGUCAUAAUGGAUCAGUGAACGAAACAGCUUUUCAUCCCACUGAGCCUAUCAUUGGCUCUUGCAGCAGCGACAAGCAGAUUUAUCUUGGGGAGAUUUGAAUGAGAUACUGAUAUCCAUUGUUCAAUCAUGCACUGGCGUUGUAAUUGGUUGUUUCCAAAGCUGAUAAGGUAACUCGAACAAAUUAUUUGAACUGAAGCUUUAGUAUUAAAAAAUUUAGUUGUUUGGCGCAGUCCUGCAUGUUUAUUUUGACCUAUCAUUGUUAUAUGUGUUUCCAUCUUAUUACAUGAAAAAUUAACGU